AUGGACACAGCAGGAGUAAUAAGCAUAUCAAAACCAAUUUCACGAGUGGAGUACGAGGAUGAGAGAUCUGAUGAUGACAUGGAAGUGGAUGAGCCUUCCUUUGAAGACUCAAGACAGCAAGAGGUCCGCAAUAAUGCUAUUGUCACUCCUGGAGAAUUGAUUACAAGCGACCCAGUUUGGAUGAAAGGGCACGGAACUUACUUUAUUGAUGACAAGACUUAUUCCUCAGUAGUGGGCAACAUCUCGCGAGUUAAUCGACUUCUUAGUGUCAAUGCUAUACGUGGAAAGUAUGUACCCGAAACAGGAGAUCACGUUGUUGGACGUAUAACAGAGGUUGCCAACAAGAGGUGGAAAGUGGACAUUGGCACCAAACAAGAUGCGAUAUUGAUGUUGGGAAGUGUCAAUUUACCAGGGGGUAUCUUGCGUCGUAAGUCAGAAAGUGAUGAGUUACAGAUGCGGUCUUUUUUGAAAGAAGGCGAUUUGUUGAACUGUGAAGUGCAAACAAUAUUCAACAAUGGUAUUGCUUCCUUGCAUACAAGGUCGCUCAAAUACGGGAAAUUGAGAAAUGGUAUAUUUUUGAAAAUCCCAAGCUCAUUGGUUGUAAAGUCAAAGAACCACAGUUAUGAUUUGCCGGGAAAUGUUUCCGUAAUAUUAGGAGUCAAUGGAUACAUAUGGCUUUACAAGACCAAGUCAAAACUAGCACCGCCUUCUACUGUCAAUUCGAAUGGACUAAAAGUACAGCUGGGUGCAAAAGAUUACACACCAGGGCAGGGUUCGGUUUCCAUAACAAGAUUAGAGGAGGAAAGUUCGUGGGAAAUAUAUAGUGACAAGAAUGAGGAAAUCAACCAGCUGACAAGAAAUAAUAUUGCCAGAUAUUACAACGUGAUUAAAGCGUUGGCAUUUGGGGAACUAGGUAUAACAGAGCAACGAAUAAUAAUGGGUUAUGAAGCAAGUCUUGCAUACUCCAACGUCGGUAGUUUGAUUGAUCGGGAGUCCAUGGAACAGUUGUGCAGAGAGGUUUUGACAAGCGAGGAAAUGAGGGGUCAAUAA